CAACAGAAAGCAAGAUGUACCCGAAUCAGGCGUGUCGCGACGGCGGUCAGGCGUUCUCCGCGAUGGAACAUUCGAGCUUCCCCGCUAAACCCCGUUAGGCAACCUGCGCCAUUACCACAAUUUCUGUGUCUCGACAUUCUUCAUCUGCUGUACAUCAUGGCUGGCAAGUGUGUUCACAAAGCGUGUGGGAAGACCUUCUCCGACCCCGAGGAGGAGUGCGUGUAUCAUCCCGGACCCCCAGUGUUCCACGAGGGGCAGAAAGGCUGGAAGUGCUGCAAGCCCCGUGUCCUCACCUUUGAGGAAUUCCUCGCUAUCCCGCCAUGCACAACCGGCAAGCAUUCCACCGUCGACGAUACCCCGGCGCCUGAGCCCGAGGCCGAGGAAGCUGCCGCUGCCCCUCCCGUCGCCGUCGAGAAGAAGUCCGAACGGCCGCCCGUUGCUAUCCCCGCUAACGUCCCCACGACGCCCCCCGCAAAGCCGGUCACCGAGGAGCCUGAGUCGGAUGAUCCUGACGUGGAGAUCCCGGCUAAUGCGACAUGUCGUCGCAGAGGCUGUGGUGCCUCCUACACUGGCUCAACCGCUCGUGAUGAGGAGAAGUGCACCCACCACCCCGGCCAGCCAAUCUUCCACGAGGGCAGCAAGGGUUGGUCCUGCUGCAAGCGCCGCGUGCUCGAGUUCGACGAGUUCCUGAGGAUCCCCGGCUGCACAGAGAAGACGAGGCACAUGUUUGUGGGCAAGGCCAAGGGCUCCAGCGAAGAGAAGGUGGAAUCUGUCAGGAACGAUUUCUACCAAACUCCCACGGCCGUCAACGUCUCCCUCUACUUCAAGAAGAUCGACAAGGAGCGUGCUCGCGUCGAGUUCGCCUCCAAUUCGAUUGUCUUGGACCUGCCUACGACCGACAACAAGCGCUUCCAGGAUACAUACAGCCUCUAUGCGGCCAUUGAUCCUGAGAAGUCGAGCUUCCGCGUGCUGGGCACCAAGUUGGAGUUGACCUUGGUCAAGGCUGAUGGUACUAGCUGGCCUGUGUUGCGCAGCGAUGACAAGUGGACUGGGCAGCGUAUCCAGAUUGGAAAUGCUGGACGGGCAUGAAUGACUGCAGUUAUGAGAUGCCAUUUUAUGAUAAAAAUUUAAACGGAUUGACGGUGCUGACAACUGACGUCCUCAAACAGAGUACAUGUAGCCUGUAGCUUCAUGCGACGUAGUGGAAGUUCAAGAGUUCAAG